AUGACAAGAAGGCUCCCUCCAAUUUCUCAAUUUCCACCCCGCCCGAUACCCAGUUUGAUUUCGCACCCUCCUAAUCCAUGCCACCCUUGUAAUCCAACCCGCUCUCCUAAGGCAACCCACUUACCCCCCCUUUUUCCUCAAUCUGCCAAGACUCUUUCUCCUCUCCAAAAGUAUGUAGAUUUUUCAGUUUUCUGCUCUCACUGUUAUCCCACUGUGGCUCAUGCCUGCCCUCCCCACUACCCUACCCUAAAACUCUUCCUGCCCUGCUCUUCUGCUCUUCAUCACAGACUAUCUAUUUGCCAAUGCCGUGGUCCCACAACUCUUUCUGGCGAUUUCCCUAUCUAUGCCUCUAGCCCUCUUAGCCGUGCUUGCCAAAGCUGUGGUUUCAGAGCUCUUUCCUGUGACUCCCCUAUCUAUCUACCUACUCCUCCUCCUAGCCCUGCUUGCCAAUGCUGUGGUCCCAGAACUCCUUCCUGUCACUCCCCUGUCUAUCUGCCUACUCCUCAUCCUAACCCUACUACUUCCCAAUACUCUAGUCCCAGAACUCUUUCCUGUGACUCCUUUAUCUAUUCCUCUACUACUACUUCUAGCUCUGUUUGCGAAUGCUGUGGUCCCUGA